CUGUUGAAAGAUUACAGCAGCGUUGCCCCUGAGGAUGUUAGCCAACACGUGCACAAUAUUCGUGACAAAGCAUGGGCAAUACGUCCCUACCCAUGCACUGGCAUGGGAAAUUUCCUCGAUUCAAUGCUCGCCAAAUCCGUUGCAUACCCAACCAUCAUCGCGCGACUCAAAGCCGGCGAUUCCCUCCUUGACAUCGGGUGCUAUCUAGGUCAAGAUCUUCGUCGACUGGUGCUUGAUGGUGCUCCAGCAACCAAUCUAUACGGCGUCGAUAUUGUGAAUUACUGGGAUCUUGGCUACGAAAUGUUUCGCAAUGGAGAUAAAUUAAGCGCCAAGUUUAUGGAGGGAAAUGUCCUUCAUCUUAGUACCGAUCUGGAGGAACUAGUGGGAAAGGUAGAUAUUCUGUCAGUAACGCAUGUUCUGCAUCAGUGGGAGUGGGAGGGGCAGGUUGCGGCGGCUAAGGAGCUGAGCUUGCUUGUGCGGCCGGGAGGUAUGGUGGUUGGAUUUCAGGUGGGCACUGCUGGUGGUAAGAGUAAGCAGGAUUGGGAUGGAGGUCGCAAGACGCAUGAUUGGAUGAAACAGGAUGCUGAGUCUUGGAGAAGAAUGUGGGCGUUGAUUGGCGAGACGACAGGAACCAAAUGGAGCGUUGACACUGCUCAAUUGCGCACAUUUGAAGAGCUCGGUCAUGACCCGAAAGAAGUUACAUACCUAGGUAGAGACGCAAGAAUACUGAAAUUUAUUGUUACUAGGAUCCAGUAG